AUGGAAGAAGAGUUUUACAAUGCGUUUGCUACUGAACAGGUUAUUCCAGCUACCGUUGCUAAAACUGUUAAUAGUGAGAAUGAAACAGGAACUUUCCAAAAACCGCCGAAGCUUAUGUACAUUGAGGAUUUUAAAGGAUGUGCUCAACAAGAUGUUAGUCUAUACUAUAGAGGAAGAAAAUUUGAGACUACUCCGAGUCCGAAGAUUAAGACUGCUUUCAGUGCUGAUGGUACUUCCGGAAUAAAUGUUAGUACUACAACUCAGAGUGGUGGUUAUUCUUCGUCAUAUUCAAGUUUUGAUCCAAAUUUCUCUACACCAAGUUCUCAACGACAGAGUUCAACAAAUCUGCAAUGCAAUGUUACAUUGAAUAUUCAAUAUGGUCAAAAUCUCUCUCCAGAUAUGGCUAAGCAACACACGGCAUCACUUGUUACUGUGUUAGAGUCGUAUGAAAGCUUAGUUUCUAGAAGAAUUGGAAAUCCGAUGCUUACAAAAGAAGAUUAUGACCAGAUUGAUUCUGAGGAACUUGAGUUUAUGGACAUCAAGGGGUGUUUAGCUAGUGUUGCUCAACAACCGUCAUCAUCCCGUGCUAUUGAAGAUGGAAAAAAGAAAGCUUUUCUAGUAAAUCAAGAUGAUGAAAGAUUGCUAGAGGGAUUCAGCUGGGACAAAUACAUUCCGGCUAAUUCAGAAAAAACAGCCUUUGUUGCUCGAAUCUUGGAAGAAGAAUCAGUCAAAUCUAAGCCAAAAAGAACGAAGAUUUUCAAAUCAUCAGAAAGUGAUGAAGAUACUGAUGAUGAGGAAGAAUAUAUUAAUAAUGCUAGAAAAAAUUUAGACUCAUUCAGUUUUAAUUUGUUUUUUGCAGAUAAAAUCGAGAUGUUGAAAGAGAACAGGGCUACUCGACUGAAGAGAGAAUUGGAAGAAUUGGAAGCAAGAAGGAUUGCUGAAGAAAAGGCAAAAAUGGAAGCUGAAAAAGCAAAAGUUGAAGAAAAUUCGACAGAGAAGAUCGAAGAUGAAGAGUGUGAGGUAAAAGUAGAAUUUGAUGAAGAAUCGAUGACUAAAAAGGCAGAAGCCCUAAAAGGGCGCGAGGUACAAGGUUUAAUAAUGAGAGACGCUCGAGUGGAUCAAGAAAGGCUUAACUCGCAUGCCGAGAGGCUUGGUAUGAUGAAUUGGAGGAUCCAUCAGUUGGAGGAAGCCCGCUUUGCACCUGCACCCGAGCCAGCCCCAGUCCCAGCACCUCCCGAGCCAGAGGCGGAAGAGCCUGAUGAGGAACCGGAAGAGGUUCCGGAGGAAGAGUCAGAGAAGGAUGAAGAAGAUCCUGAAGAGGUUCCGGAGGAAGAGCCGGAAGAGGAGGAUGAAGAGCCGGAGGAGGUCUCGGAUAGUGACGGAGACGAUGAUGAUGGUAGUGACCUCAGGGAUGGAGACGUGGAUGACUGA